AUGGCCACAAGAAGGCAGCAGGAGGGCACCGCUCCGGCCGCUGAAUAUGAAUUUUACAUCUGCAGUACAACCGAGAGCAGACAGGAGCAGUCAGCAGAGGUAGAAACAAUCAGGAGGAGGCAGUCAGGGGCAGUCAGGGGCAGUCAGGAGCAGUCAGGAGGAGCCAGGAGCAGUCAGGAGCAGUCAGGAGCAGUCAGGAGCAGUCAGGAGCAGUCAGGAGCAGGCAGGAGCAGUCAGGGCAGUCAGGAAGAGUCAGUAGCAGUCAGAGGCAGUCAGGAGCAGUCAGGAGCAGUCAGGAGGAGUCAGAGGCAGUCAGGAGAGUCAGGAGCAGUCAGGAGCAGGCAGGAGAGCCAGGAGCAGUCAGGAGCAGUCAGGAGCAGUCAGGGGCAGUCAGGAGCAGUCAGGGGCAGUCAGGAAGAGUCAGUAGCAGUCAGAGGCAGUCAGGAGCAGUCAGGCAGUCAGGCAGUCAGGAGCAGUCAGGAGAGUCAGAGGCAGUCAGGAGGAGUCAGGGGCAGUCAGGGGCAGUCAGGGGUAGUCAGGGGCAGUCAGGGGCAGUCAGGGGUAGUCAGGGGCAGUCAGGAGCAGUUAGGAGGAGCCAGGAGCAGUCAGGGGCAGUCAGGGGCAGUUAGGAGCAGCAGGGCAGUCAGGGGCAGUCAGUCAGGGGCAGUCAGGGGCAGUCAGGGUCAGGAGCAGUCAGGAGCAGUCAGGAGAGUCAGGGGCAGUCAGGAGUCAGCAGUCAGGAGCAGUCAGGGAGCAGUCAGGGGCAGUCAGGAGCAGUCAGGGGCAGUCAGGAGCAGUCAGGAGCAGUCAGGAGCAGUCAGGAGUAGUCAGGGGCAGUCAGGAGCAGUCAAGGGCAGUCAGGGGCAGUUAGGGGCAGUCAGGAGCAGUCAGGAGCAGUUAGGAGGAGCCAGGAGCAGUCAGGAGGAGUCAGGGGCAGUCAGGAGCAGUCAGGAGGAGUCAGGGGCAGUCAGGAGCAGUCAGGAGCAAGCAGGGGCAGUCAGGGGCAGUCAGGAGGAGUCAGGGGCAGUCAGGAGCAGUCAGGAGCAGUCAGGGGCAGUCAGGAGCAGUCAGGAGCAGUUAGGAGGCGCCAGGAGCAGUCAGGCGGAGUCAGGGGCAGGCAGGAGCAGUCAGGAAGGGUCAGGAGCAGUCAGGGGCAGUCAAGAGCAGUCAGGAGGAGCCAGGGAGUCAGGAGCAGUCAGGGGCAGUCAGGAGCAGUCAGGAGCAGUUAGGAGCAGUCAGGGGCAGUCAGGGGCAGUCAGGAGGAGCCAGGAGCAGUCAGGAGCAGUCAGGGGCAGUCAGUCAGGAGCAGUAGGAGCAGUCAGGAGGCAGUCAGGGGCAGUCAGGGCAGUCAGGGCAGUCAGGGAGCAGUCAGGAGCAGUCAGGAGCAGUCAGGAGGAGUCAGGGGCAGUCAGGGGCAGUCAGGAGCAGUCAGGAAGAGUCAGGAGCAGUCAGGGGCAGUCAGGAGGAGCCAGGAGGAGUCAGGAGCAGUCAGGAGCAGUCAGGAGCAUUCAGGAGCAGUCAGGAGCAGUCAGGAGGAGUCAGGGGCAGUCAGGGGUAGUCAGGGGCAGUCAGGAGCAGUCAGGAGGAGUCAGGAGGAGUCAGGAGCAGUCAGGAGCAGUCAGGAGCAUUCAGGAGCAGUCAGGAGCAGUCAGGAGCAGUCAGGAGGAGUCAGGGGCAGUCAGGGGCAGUCAGGAGCAUUCAGGAGCAGUCCGGAGCAGUCAGAGGCAGUCGGAAGUAACAAGGAAGAGCUGGAGCCGUCAGAACUGGCAGGAGUAG